AAACGUCGACUCACUCUGAGUGACCGCAACGAAAAAGCCGAGGCGUUCAUAAAACCAAUGAACUAUUCAUUUAUCAUCAGUAUUGCUUGGGUUAUGAUUACGAACUGUUGUACUCGAUAGCGUACGCGGUCUUUCAUUCUUCAUCAAAACACAGACGAAAGAAGACGGAGAAAGAAAAAAUUAUUGUUUGUGAGAGAAAUAUAAUUGUGUAAAUUAAAAACUACCGUGUUUCCAGAAUAUCACACAAAACAUUCGAUAUGUUGUCCGACUUAUCUGAUCUUCCGGCAAUAAAAUUGUCAGACACCGAUUAUCUUCGCUUCGAUUUGGACGCGCUAUCGCCAUUCGGCCGUGAAGUUGCGAUCAAAGAGUUGCGCGAAACAACUGAAAUCAAAGAAAAGGCAAUUGAAGAAUUGAGAAAUCUAUUGCAACAGGACACCGAUUUGUAUAUUCCAAUCGACAAUGACGAAUGGAUUGUACGAUUUUUGCGCCCAUGCAAAUUUUACCCAGACAGCGCUAGGAAAUUGAUAAGAAACUAUUAUCAAUUCAAGGAAAAGCAUAAGGAUGUCUAUGAAGAUUUGAUGCCAUCAAGUGAAGCGAAUAUUUUCAAACAUAAUAUUUUGGUGGUGUUCCCAAAUCGUGAUCAAUUGGGCCGCCGAAUCUUGUUGUUGGAACUUGGAAAGCGCUGGAAGCACAAAGAAGUUUCGCUGGACGAAGUGUUCAAAGGAUGUGUAAUCUUUUUGGAAGCAGCAACCCUCGAACCGGAGACUCAAGUUCAUGGGGCGGUUGUAAUAUUUGACAUGAAUGGAUUGUCGUUGCAACAAACUUGGCAAUUCACACCUGCCUUUGCAAAGCGUAUUGUGGAUUGGCUACAAGAUAGUGUGCCACUCCGAAUAAAGGCAAUUCACAUUGUAAAUCAGCCCAAAAUCUUCCAAGUUGUCUUUGCCUUGUUCAAACCAUUUUUACGCGAAAAAUUACGUAAUCGCAUCUAUUUCCAUGGUUCGGAUUUGGCAUCGCUGCACAAACACAUGUCACCAAAGUGUUUACCAGCCGCAUAUGGUGGUCAUUCCGAAUAUCCGCGUGUCGAUGGCGAUCAAUGGUAUGAAAUGUUGCAGCAGUGCGAUCGUGAAUAUAAAGCCAUUAAUUCGUAUGGCUUGAAGAAAGUAAUCAAAGGCAAAAAAUGAAAAUAUAUGACAAAUAUAUAAUAAGGUUGAAUUAAGAGGUUACACAAACACACACAUUUACAAUUAUCAUAUCCCAACGGCAAAACGGAUUACUAGGUCUUUCUUUCUAUUUUAAUGCAACGGAAGCGGAAAUCCAGCAAACACAAACACACAAAAUACGUACAAUUCACUCUGUACACUUUUUUGGUUCUUUAUUUCAGUUCUACGCCCCACACUUUCGUUUUGUAAAUAAGUAAAAUAAAAUAUAUAGCAUAUGUAUAAAAGUUAACUUAAUGUGCAAAAGAGAAUUGUCCAACUAGAAAAGAAGCCGUGUCAUUUUGGCGCGGUUCUUUUGUUUUCAUUGUAUUUUUUUUUCGUUUGUCGUAGUUCAUUUUAUAAUUGUCAUUUUUGCUAACGAUGACUAAGUAUUUUAGUCGAUAUGAAUAUUGUGCGCUGAACGGAAUGAGGAAAAGAAAACAAAAAAAAA